AUGAUUUUCAUUAAUACUCGGCCUGUUGAUGAGAAUGCACACUGUGAAGAUCGGAGAGCCUCUAAAACUACGAAUCAUUCUGGAAAUGGUGGAGGACAUGGAUCGAAUUCGAUGCAAGAAAAUGGGGGAAGUGAACAUGUUUUGGUGAGUUCUUUUGAAAAUAAUCUACAGAAAAAACCUAAAUUAAUAAGGAAUUAUGAAUGAGACUUAUAAAGUUCUAAUUAAUUUAUCAUUUUUGAAUUGUUAAACGAUUUGGAAAAAAAAUAUCAUUUAUAAAAUAGAUCAUUUGCCGCUGAAAAAUUAUUCAAAAAACUUAUCAAAUUAUCCUAACUCCCCUUCUCCUCGCAAAAUCCUAUUUUUCCAGCGUCUCUCCCUAAUUCUAAUGAUUUUCUACGUGCUCGUCUCAAUAUUUCCCGCCAUUUUAUUCUAUCCAGUUUCUUUAUUAGCAAUGGUUGUUCCAAUUUUGGCACUAUUUUUUGCUUUGUGCUCGAUUCGACAUUUACAGCACAUUAAUACACAGUGGCCAGUUUUGUUUAUCGCUGUGAGUUUUUUUGUUGGAAAAGUUUGAAAUAAAAAAAGUGGAGGUGAUCUUUGGAACCAUUAGAUUAUUUUUAAUGAGUGUGUGGCACUUUGAAACAGAGAAAGUUUUUAAAGAUGAAAUGUGAGGAAAGAGAAUAAUUUUGAUUUUAAAACAAUGACGAAGAAGAGAAAAUGGGAUUUGAAAUUUCAGAUGAUUUUUUUUCAAAAACUGAAAUCGAUACAUUGAAAUUGCCACGUCAUUUCUAGUUCACGUGGCAUCGAAUUGAAAAUUUUUACUUUUAACUGCUUCCAAAAAGAAUAUUUUUGACUUUUUAUCAUGACGUGAAAAUUUAGAAGGUAAAUAAUGAAAUUCCAAAUAUCAAAAUUCAUAAAAUUUUCAAAUUGAAAAAAUUACUGUAGGUUCUGGCAAUUUUUUUUAAAUAAAAACAUCAAAUGUAUAUUUUUGAAGUCCUAAAAUCCAAAAAAAAUAGAAUUCUUUAAUUAAUUUUUCACAAAAAAUGUCUGAAAUAAUUCAUAUUAAUUUCUCAUUUCCAAUAAAACUCCAAAAAACAUGAUAUUUUGAAAUUCCGAAUUCAAUCAGUUUUUCAAUUUCAGGUCAUCGGGAUUCUCCUAAAAAUCGCUGCAAUUGUUCUCUACAUCACUCUUUUCCCAAUCAAAGACUCUCGUCGUCGCGGAAUUUUCAACGCUAAAUCCGAAAAUGAACUUCAUCAUUAUCGAACAGUUUUUUAUGUGAUUCUGACAGCCAUCGAAUUUUUCAUAAUGAUGGUUGGAAUUUGUCUGAAAUCUCAACUUGUCGCGCUACAAAAGCGAGAAAAUAUUCAGAAGAGACGAUCGAUAAGUCGAUCUUUGAUGGGUGAAAAUGAUAUACGUGCUCCAUGA